CCUCCACAUCGCACCCCCCACCCUCCUUCCCGAAGCUCCUGAAGCCUGGUCUUACCUCGCCCCCUCAAAGUGCAGAGCAGGCCGUGCGGCGCCCCGACGUGUGAGAGGACAAACCGCACCGACCGCUCCACUGACCAGCGCACGCCCGAUUUGUGUCGAGCGCGGCGAUGAACAGCGCGGCGACGCAAUUGGACGAGCAACAAUCCCGACGUCCCUCCAGCAGAGCAGCGGGAGCCCAGCCUUUGGCGCCCCCCUGGGCGCAAGUGCUGCCUGGAAAUGUUCAGGUAGUGCGUCGGCGGCAGGCACCUCCAUGCCCAGCCGAUGGCCAACCGCCGUUCAUGGCAGUAGAGUGCCCAGCAGCAGUAGCAGCAGCAGUGUCGGCUGCAGUAGGAAGCCGCCAAGGCGCGAGCCCUUCGCCGGCUCGAGGAAGUCGGACCUGCACGGUCAAGCGACGCGCCGCCCCUCCCUCGAGGAGGUGAAAAAAAACGAGGUGGAGAGGGCAGUACGAGGAUGUGGAGAAGGAAGCUGUGAGGAGGAUGAGGAAGAGGAGAUGAGUAAACCAAAUACGCAUGCAUAAGCGACGUUGAAAUACAACCUCUCGUCCCAAGGCCCCUCAUCAAACGCCCC